AUGAUAAGCUCUUGUGCUGGAGCGAGAAGCUCUCUACGGGAAUUCUCCCUUUUCAAAUUCGAAGGGCCCAUUGCUCAAAGAAUUGCUCUUUUAUCCGUCGCGUCGCUCUUCUUCGCUGUCGCUGGAUCGCCGCACACAACUCGAGCAAAUCUUCCUGAUCUUCAUAGAAAUGGGCAGCCAAUAGCGAAAUAUUUGGAUCUUAUUAUAAGGCUUUCGCCCGGAUCUGCUGGCCGGACACAAGCUGUAUGUACACAGACACAUAUCCAAAGACGUAUGAACAUGCGUUACGGUAUAGAAAAAUUAUGGGUCAAUCGUGAAAAGCGAAAGAAAAGGGAAGUCCUCUCAUGGAUGCAUCUUUGUGUCUCGGAUUCGGCUCAAUGUCGCCUCCGGGUCCGCACUGAACAGCUCCCUCACGCUCGGCGAUGUCGCGAAUAA